AUGGAGUACCCAGAAGUCCCGUCUCCCUCGCCCCCGCCAUCUCCCAUCCCAGACCGACCAGCGUCACCUGAGCUCCCGCUCACCAUGAUGGCCUCGGUGGUGCUGACGGCGCUUCCGCAGGACGCCAGCGUCGCCCUGGCCAGCGCCGGCGAGUUCGACCGCGAGAAGGUCGUCGUGCGCUUCGUCGCCGUCGGGUCGGCGCCCCAGCUCAAGGUCCAGGUGCGCAGGAUCACCGCCACGCAGAAGUUCGAGGCCGUCGUCGCCUAUCUGCGCAAGGUGCUGCGGCUCGGCCUCGCCGAUGGUUUGUUUCUCUACGUCAACAGCGCCUUUGCGCCCGCGCUGGAUGAGGUUGUUGGAAACCUGCACAGAUGCUUCAAAGAUUCGAGCGACCAGCUGGUUGUGGCCUAUUCUAUUACUCCUGCGUUUGGAUGA